ACAGCCAGCUGCUUUAACAUCACCAUUUCAAACGUUCUGGGAAUCGGCGAGUGUUUGGGAACUGCCGGCAACGUCUGCGCUGAGGAUACCGAUGGCGUUGUCGGCCUGGUUAGUGCAUUACUGGUGUGCGCUGUUAACGGGAUCUCGAACCUCGACCUGGGCUCGCAGCUGUUUGUUAUCGAAGGAGCGCUGACUUUUACCUUGAGACGAGCUGGAUUGGGAUUUCUUGCCGAUGCGAUUGUAGGGUUGUGUGAACUGAGUGCACUUGACUGCUCUGGCCUUGCUCUGGACAACGAAGCCACUUGCGCAGGGCUGAUUGAGCUAAAUUUUCCAACAGCUCUUGGACUCGGAAAAUGUGUGGGCGAUAUGGCUUUGGUCUGCAUAGAGGGAAAUCCAGUAACCGACACUGUGGUUGAGUCAAUUUUCAAUUUUCUUACGUGCACGGUUGAAAACGUCUUAUCCAACAACGUCGGAUACAUUCCGAUCAACCUGGUCUGCAGCCUGUUGAACAUUAUUCUGAGAGACCUUGGACAACUGAGUGGACCAUUUCAAGUUGUAGCAAAUACGAUCGAAACUGUUCUUGGAUUGACAUGCUGAAAAUCAAGUGACUCGCGAGAAUUUAAGAUGAAGUCGUCAAGGGCCGCGACCGUGCGAUAAACAAUAUUAUUGUUUAUAUUUGUUAUUUUAUCUCGGAUUAUUGAAUUAAGUCUACUUUUAAAAUGCCUUCCAACUGUUCUGGUGUAGGUCCUCUUCUUCACGUUUGGACGUCCAGUGAAUUCCGCAUUAAUUUUGUUGUUUUUAAAAUUUGGCAUAUUUCUCUUCGCAAUUUUGAGUAGUCUGUACCCCUCCUACAGUUAAAUAUUUCUGGUUGAAUUACUUAAAUAAUUAGCGACUUUAUGAAUAAAGAAACAUUUUCCCUGCUACUCUUUAUAUGUCCACAGUUGAGGCACAUCUUCAUAGACAAAACUGUAGCUCUAGAAAGGCAAUCUUAUGAACAGUGCACAUGUUGAUUAAAAGAAACUUUGAACGCACUGUCAUAGUGAACGAAGCGAA